AUAAGACACCACUGCUCUCCCGUUCAAACCGCCGCGGUUUGUUUUUAUCUGUCAUGUGAAGGAUCAUCAGUCUCUAGAGGGGAAACCACGACAACAACACUAACAAACCGGUAUUGAUGUCAGCAAUGGAGAUUAGUUUUGAUCGUCUGUAUCGCAUAGUCACAGUUAAACAGAUCUGAAGGAGUGAGUUUAAUUUAGGUUGCAUGAUGUUGGAAUCAGCACAUAUUCGUCGGAGAGGAGCUCAGGACUUCGAGGGUUACUAUGAUCACAUCUGUGCUUCUCAGGGUUCAGCCCCUGUGCGUGCGGUAAAGACCGGCCUGUCCCGUGGGAUGUUAGACUUUUAUGCCGAUCACAUCUGUUUAGCAGACUGGACACCAAUAUUGUCAGCCCUCGCCAUCAAUAAACACCUCCAGCAUAUUUCCAUCAAGAGUUGCCAUCUCACCAGCCUUGGAGCUCAAAGUUCUUACAGAACCCAUAUUAAGAAGAAGACCCCUGCAGUUCAUUCAAAGACUAUGACGCUUCAGUUGUGUAAGGCUGUGCAGAAGUGUCUGUCGGAGUCAAGCAGUCUAAAAACCUUACAGCUUCAUGCUUUACCAUUCAGAGAGAGGGAUCUUAUUGCUCUCACCAAGGGUUUAGCUAAGAGUGUGUCAUUGGAGCAUCUCUCUUUAGCACACUGUCCAAUCGCAGAUGAGGGUUUGGAAGUCAUUUGUCAGAGUGUGAAGUACUCCUCAACUAUCAAGUCCGUGGAUUUCACUUCCUGUAAUAUUACAUGGCAGGGGGCGGAACAUAUGGCAAACAUCAUAAAGCAUCAGGCAAUGAAGCGGCAUAGCACGGCCUGGGUGGAGACUUUACGCUACAGGAGGGCGGAGUUUGAGGCGAUGAAUGGACUACGCAGAGUUACUCUCAAUGACAACAUUUUGAUCGGGGACCGAGGAGUGACGGCACUUGCCCGAGAGCUUACAGAGGACCUGUGGGUUAAAGCGGUGGACCUUCAGCGCUGUGGGAUCUCAAAUGACGGAGCUCGAAUUUUAGAGCAGAUGCUUCAGGCAAACAGCACUCUGUGUGUAAUAGACAUCAGGAGAAACCCACUGAUUGGUAUUUCAUCCAACACACUGACACACGCUUACUUUUGCACUUUGUCACACUAUUCUUAUCAUACUUAUUAUUUCAUAGAUAAUAAUCUGGUGAAGGCCGUCAUCAAAAAAGUUCUAAUGAACACCAAAGGCCAGGACUCACAAUAUCUUUGGCUCAAACCGCCUUCUUCUAAAGAUUCACCAGAUCAAUCACGUCACACCAGGAGGAGGAACACUGGAAAAGCUACAUAUAGAAUCGGAUCACGCCGAUCGUCAUUAAACUCUGGCUGGAAGCCUCCUCGCCCAGGAUCUUCGGCUUACGUCCCGUGGCGAACUGCAGCACGUGCCGGUUUACAGAGAGGUGUAUCACAGGCUGAGGACAUAAAAGAGAGUUUUCAGAAUGCCACAUCUGUGCGGGUAACUGUGGAGACGGAGUCCGAAUCGGAGGAUGUGGAGAGCGUACCUGUGGAGAGUCCUCAUGAGACAAUCACAAGCUGUCAGUUCAGACGAUUACAAAGCGAAAACAAUCGAUUAAAGGUGGAGCUAGAGGAUUGUCGCCUGAGGCUUGGAGAGGAAAGGAACGCCAGACUGAAAACCAACUCUCGUCUGGUGGAGCUGGAACUGGAGAAUGAGCGUCUGCGCAGUCUGAACCUCUCUCUGUCUGAAGCCCAUAUGAGCACCUCUGUUCUGGAUGAUGAACGUGUGCUGGAAAGCAUCGAGUCUUCUUUUCACAAAUUCCACGCUUUCCUAGAUCUUCUGAAAGAUGCUGGGCUGGGCCAAUUUGCAUCUAUGGCUGGGAUUGACCAAUCCGACUUUGGGAUACUAGGGAAUCCUCAGCUUUCCUCAACAGAGAGAAGGCCCAUAGGUCACGGUGACCAGGCAAAUGAGGAGAGGAGGGAGAAUGUAGCAAUGAUGGGUGUCCCUGUAUCAGGUACUCCAUCUAACAAUGUAGAUGUUUCCCAGAGCCAACCACUACAGGAAUUGCCUUUAAUUCCAGCCAGCGUGAGCCGCGCCUCUCUCGUCCUGCAGGAGCCACUCGCGUUUGAAGCUCUCGAGCAAAGAGCCAGCGGAGUCUCUCGCUCAGGGAGUUCACUCAGCAGUGCCAGCACUCAAUCCAAAGGCUUUAAAUCCUACAGAUCAAAUGGAUCUGAGGGGAAAGUGUUUUCAACCGUCGGCUCGAGAGCAUCUAGUCUGUCUCAGUUGGGUUCAGGCCGACAGAGUCAUUCAGGAAGCUAAAAGAGUUCUGCUGGACGGCUCGGAUUUUAGCCAGAUAUAAGAUAAAGAAAUCUUGGAUGAUGUGGUUCGACUUGAUGUAUUUGUUGGAAAGUUCAUGGAUUACUUGGCAUCCACAGCUAUCUGUGUGUUUAUUGCUUUGUCCAGCAUUCUUUUAUGGAGCAUCCUUUAACGCUGCACGUUUGUGAUGCCAGAUCUUAUGCCACCUUAUGCAAUGUUACUAAACUCUUCAAAUGUUUGGAGGUUACUAAAUAAUUUUAAUGUUAUUUUAUUCAAACAUGUUUUAAGGUGGGAAAUAUCUUCAAUUUGCAUUGAAAAAUAGCAUGGGGCAGUUGCUUCAACUAUUUCCUCUGGUUACAUGGAUAGACUAAUUAUUUAACCCUAACUAAGUUGGGUAAUUGUGAUGAUUAUUCGAGGGCUAUAUAAGUCAGGACCUCUGGUGUGGUUAAGUUUAAUUACUUAACCCUAACUAAGUUGUGGGUAAUUGUGAUGAUUAUUCGAGGGCUAUAUAAGUCAGGACCUCUGGUGUGGUUGAGUUUAUGUUUCAGAACCCUCACAACGGCCGGUGUGGGCUGAUAUGAUAUUGGUAAUCGAAUGAAUGAGUUUAAUGUAAACAUGAGUAAAUAGAAUGAUUAAAUGUUUAUCCAAAUUCCAAAAUUACAUCAAUUUGAUUCAGAAUUACAUACAACACUGUUUAUAUCUUUUGGAGUCAGAUAUGAAGUUGCGUAACGUUAAAACGUCAUUGGUAAGCGCCGGAAAAGACAGAACGCGCGACGAUCCUUCUGCCAUGAUGUUUGGUUACCGUCGUUGGGCCAAACGGAUGGAUAUAUAUUUUAUUUUCCCCUUACAAAGUGGUGAUUCCCGAGACGUGAUAUUCAACCAUAGACUGUAAAAAAAAAGAUGGACGACGCCUGU